GUCAGUGUGACACUUCCUUUUCUCGUUGCGUUUGAAACGACAGAAACGUAUUUGUAAGGUUCUCCCUCUUUGUCCUUAAACUUCCACCCGAAAUCCCUGAUCACUUUUCAAGAUGGUGAGGGAGGACAAAGCAUCAUGGAAAGCCAACUAUUUCCUUAAGCUCGUUCAGCUCUUUGAUGAGUACCCCAAGUGCUUCUUGGUGGAGGCCGACAAUGUGGGCUCUAAGCAGAUGCAGCAGAUCCGCAUGAUGCUCCGAGGCAAGGCCGUCAUCCUCAUGGGCAAGAAUACCAUGAUGCGCAAGGCUAUCCGCGGGCAUCUGGAGCAAAACCCGGCCCUGGAGAAGCUGUUGCCGCAUAUCCGAGGCAACGUGGGAUUCGUGUUCACCAAGGACGAUCUGGGAACCAUUCGCGGAGCCCUCUUGUCCAACAAGGUCAAGGCCCCGGCUCGGGCCGGCGCCAUUGCCCCUUUGGAUGUGGUCGUGCCCGCGCAGAACACCGGGCUCGGACCCGAGAAGACCUCGUUCUUCCAGGCCUUGAACAUCCCCACUAAGAUUACCAAGGGAACGAUCGAAAUCGUCCAAGACGUGAACCUGUUGCGGACCGGCGACAAGGUGGGUCUGUCCGACGCCACCCUUCUCAACAUGUUGAACAUCUCGCCCUUCAACUACGGUUUGAUUGUCAUCCAAGUGUACGACUCGGGCACCAUCUUCGAUCCCAAGAUUCUGGACAUCACUGAUGCCGACCUCAAGGCCAUGUUUGCCCGAGGUGUGGCCAAUGUGGCCGCCGUCUCCAUGAAGAUCAAGUAUCCCAACAUGGCCUCGGCUCCGCACAUGAUGGUCAACGGUUUGAAGAACUUGCUCUCGGUGGCCGCCGUCACCGAUGUUUCGUUCAAGGAGGCUGAGAUGCUCAAGGCCUUCUUGGCCGACCCCAGCAAGUUCGCCGCCGUGGCUGCCCCCGCUGCGGGUGGCGCUCCGGCCGCCGAUGCCGCUGCUGGCAAGAAGGCGCCCGAGCCCGAGUCCGAAGAAGAGGAUGACGAUAUGGGAUUCGGCUUGUUCGACUAACUUCCCCGUCCUUGACCCAUGGUACGAGGACUUGGCGUUCUCAUCAAUACAUGGCGAAGAGCUUA